UUUCACCGGCCCCUUUAGGGUAAGUGUACAGCACCUUCCUAGGGGGUAUGAGCUCCGAGGCGCUGAAGCCGGAGCCGGUCACCGAGCUCCCGCUAACGCCUCCAGCCGAGGAGGACGAAGAAGACGCCGCCAUUACCUUGUGCAAAAAUUGAAAACAUUGCACUUGUCACUUUCGUACCUAUUGCAGCUCUGCAAGUUAUGCAAAGGCGUUAUCGCGAUAACGACCUAGCUUGCGCUACCUCCUUUGAUAGCCACUCUGUGAACUAAUGACAGAAAAUCAGCCUGUCGACAACACGACAGGUAAUGUAGUUGCCAACUUUGGAAAUUUAAGGUUAGUUGGUAAUAUAUCUUACCGUCAAUGCGUGUAAAAAAAAAAAAAAAGAUUAAAAUUUAGAUUUUUUUUAAUCCGCUAGGUUGAUGAUGUUUGUUUGGCUUCCUUAACAACACUUUACGACAGUGACUGGACGUUUUACGGCUAAAGUGUUUUUUUCCGUCUGUUUUUUUCUGUUUAAGUAGCCCGUGAUUGGUCAAAAUAUGUGCUUCUUCGGUCUUUACAGCCCCACGGUGCGACCAUGUAUAGACCAUCUGGAUGGCGGGAAGGCAAAUCCAAAUGCCCGUUCCAGUUUGCGUUGUAGAUCUACUAAAACAUCUCAGAAACUAGUUCGCUACGCAGCCAAGCUAAACUAACAUAUGUGGUUAGUGAAACAUUUACAUCAUGGAUGUUUUACGCCCUCCCCUGAUUAAUAUACAUGGUAGAUUAUACCGAAAGAACAUCACUAAAGAAGAGCACUAUGAAGAAGAAGGAGAAGAAGGAGAUAUCUCCUAUACGGGACCACCAGAAAGCGAUGAGUUUGACACAGAAGAAUUCUGCGACACACACUUAAUUGAACAGACCGAGAGAGGUUUCCAGUGUGCUAUUGAUGUUCCAAGUGUUCUAUACAAAUACAUCAUCGGGAAAAAAGGAGAAACGCGUAAACGCCUGGAGUUGGACACAAAGACGUCCAUAACCAUCCCCAAACAAGGAGUGGAAGGACAGAUUGUCAUCACAGGGUCACACAAACCUGCAGUCUCUUCUGCCAUCACAAGAAUUGAAAUCCUAGUUGACAAUUUUCGGAAGAAGCAACCGUUUACGCAUUUCCUAUCAUUCCCUCUCAAUGAUCCCAAAAUCCAAGAUGGUUUGCUGAGAUUUAAAGAUGACGUCUUGGAGCAGUGUUCACAGGAUCACGGAGUGGAUGGAAGCAUCUUUCAGAACCCUGCAAAGCUUCACCUGACAGUCGGUACUCUCACGCUUUUGGGUGACACGGAGGUGAGGAAAGCGUGCGAGCACCUCCAGGAGUGUGAAAACUUUAUCAGGGACAUCACAGGAGGUAAGCCUGUACCUUUAGAGGUCAGGGGGAUCGAAUAUAUGAACGAUGACCCGGCCAUGGUGGACGUCCUGUACACCAAAGUCAACAUCAAAGAGGGCUCUGAUAAUUUGCAGGUUAUCGCGGAUCACCUGGUUGAGUAUUUUGUCUCCGUGGGGCUGAUGGUGAGACAGUGGGACCGAGUCAAGCUGCACGCCACUGUGAUGAACACACUGUUCAGAAAGGACUCCACGGGGGAAGAGGUCAGCGGGCUGGGAAGACAAACUGCGUAUGAACGAGAGGCUUUUGACGCCAGAAACAUUUUAAAGAUAUUUGCAGCAUAUCAUUUUGGAGACCUGGAGCUGAAUACAGUGUCUCUCUCGCAAAGAUACUCAACAGACUGCAUGGGCUACUACGCCUCUGCAGGAAGCGUCAAGUUCUCCUGAGGUAUCACAGCCCACAGUGUUCUAAGAGUGGAGUUCAGAGAAUGGGACAAUAUUGGCUGCCACACUGCAGUGUGCACUUAGUGUUCUGUCCAGUAGGGGGCAGCAACGUUCUUUUUCUUUUUGUAAAUCAACAGAAAAUAUAUGGAGGGCUGUCAGAAUUGAAUAAUAUAAAGCAGUGAUUCCCAAACUUUUUUUGUACACCCUAAUCCCGCACACUUAAACAAAAAAUCCUUUUAACGUUACUUAGCUUGAAGUAUUAAACAUAAUUGUUUUAUAGCAAUUCUAUUAAAAUUGUAUUUUGCAUGGUCACAUUUUGAUAAAGUUUCACUGAUAAAUACAUAAGUAACCAUCCUA